AUGCAUGUCAUGCGGUCCCCGAGCCUCCUCCUGCUGCUGCUCUCGGGGGCGCUGGCGUUGACGGGGCCCGGGCGGGUGAGCGCGAGGUCGGGAGGGGGCGGCCUCUGCGGGGAGGAGCGACCCCACCGCCCGGGACCGGACCCGGGAUCCCGCCCCCGGUCCCCGUUUCCGUCCCCGCGACCGCGGACCCGGGACCGGCUCCGGGCGGAGCGUCCCCGGUCUCACCGCGCCCCGCCCGCAGGCCCGCACUCCCUGAGCUACUUCUACACCAGCGUGUCCCGGCCCGGCCUGGGGGAGCCCCGCUUCUUCGCCGUCGGCUACGUGGACGGCACCGAGUUCGUGAGGUUCGACAGCGACGCUGCGAACCCGAGGAUGGAGCCGCGGGCGCCGUGGAUGGAGGGUCCGUGGGUGGAGGAGGUGGACCCGCAGUACUGGGAGGAGCAGACGCAGAUCUGCAAGGAAACCGCACAGCUUUACCUAGGGAACCUGAACAACCUGCGCGGCUACUACAACCAGAGCGACCACGGGUCUCACACUUACCAGGAGAUGUACGGCUGCGACCUGGGGCCGGACGGGAUCGUCCUCCGCGGGUACGACCAGUUCGCCUACGACGGCGCCGACUACAUCGCCCUGAACGAGGACCUGCGCUCCUGGACCGCGGCCGACACGGCGGCUCAGAACACGAAGCGCAAGUGGGAGGCGGCCGGUGCAGCGGAGCAAGUGAGGACCUACGUGCACGGCCGGUGCAGGGAGUCGCUCCUGCUGUACCUGGAGCGCGGGAAGGCGGCGCUGCAGCGCACAGAGCCCCCAGAGGCACGAGUGACCCGCCACCCCACCUCUGAGCAGGAGGCCACCCUGAGGUGCUGGGCGCGGGACUUCUACCCUGCGGACAUCGCCCUGACCUGGCGGCGGGACGGGCAGGACCAGACCCAGGACACGGAGCUGGUGGAGACCAGGCCCUCGGGGGACGGGACCUUCCAGACGUGGGCGGCCCUGGUGGUGCCUCCCGGGGAGGAACAGAGAUACACGUGCCACGUGCAGCACGAGGGGCUACGGGAGCCCCUGACACUGCGAUGGGAGCCUCCUCCUGAGACCAGCACCAUCAUCAUCAUUGUGGGCGUCCUCUGUGUCCUGGUCCUGCUUGGAGCUGUGGCUGCAGCUGUGAUGUGGGGGAGGAGGCGCUCAGGUGGACAAGGAAGGAGCUACGCUCAGGCUGCCAGCAGUGACAGUGACCAGGGCUCUGAUGUGUCUCUCACAGCUUGUAAAGCAUGAGACAGCUGCCCUGUCGGGGAAUGAGUGACUGAAGGUUCCUCACACACACACACCCGCCAGCCCCUGUUUGUCACUUCAGGGACAUCUCACUUCUGCUUCUGCAGCUGACACCUGAAUGUCUGUGUUCCCAUCAGCAUCACUGGGAGGGGGGAGGCAGGCCCGCCCCGCCCACCAGCCCCCUCCCCACCUGUCCCUGCUCCAGCAGAGGGCCCGGCCCCCCAGCCCUGUCUGUGCUUCCUGGUGCCUGAGCUGCAGCUUCUCAAUCUCUCACCAAAAUGAGGCUCUGGGUGGAAAUUUAUUUUCUCAAUGCUUGCCCUGAGUGGUUGAUGUGUUAAUUAAAAAGCUGAAGAUCCUAAGUUUUGAAGGAAAUAAAUGGACUCAUUGAGAAGUUUGCAGAA